GUGACGUGGGACACGGAGACCGAGGAUUUUGCCUAUAAGUAGGGAGAGAGGGGAGAGAUUUUGUCACUUUUACAAUUCUCUCUCUCUCUCUAAAUUUGAGUUUUCUGCUCUCUCUCUCUCUACUUUAGAGCACUUUCUCUCUCUAAGUCCGGGCUCCAUCUUCUUCGUCCGACCAGAGGCUUCUCUAGCUUAUAUAAAAGAAACAGACCAGGAUAUGGCCGAACGACUAACCUCUGCUGCUCUGAAGGCUGCUCGGAUCAGGGCAGAGAUGAAGGCCAACAAGAUUAACAAGCCUUCCAAGCCAAAGGAUCCCUCCAACCCUAAGCCGAGGAAGCGCAAGGAACGAACCGAGGAGAGGGUGGAGAUGACGGAGAAGGCCUUGGCGAAGGCCCGAGCCGAGAAGGAGGCCUCGGCCAAGAAGGCAAGGCAAGAGCCUUCUGUAGAGGUGAACAGCCCUCGUCCGGCUUCUGGGGACGAAAACACACAUAUUUCCCUCCAUCCAGAGGAUUUUGAGCCGGUGCGUAGCCCGAGCCAUGUACAGGGGACCUCUCAUACCGAGCAGACCCUAUCCGAGGCGCCGAUCCCCUUUACCGAGAUGUCCAAAUCGGACAAAAGACAGAGGAUAGCCAGUGCCCUGGAGAUACUGGUCACCCAAACCGACCGAGAUCACAUCAACGCGGUAAAUGGGAAGAACGAGUCGAGCGAGCUUUUUCGCUCCUGGAUGGACUUUUCCAUCCGGAUGACUAAAGUAGCUGAGGACCGGUUGGCGCUGGUGCAAGAGGUCCAGAGUUUGAAGGAGGCGGCUCGGAAGCACUUCGAUGAAGUUUAUCAGGCCAAGGAGGCCCAGCGUCUGGCCGAGCUUCGCUUGGAGGAGGCCAACAAUAAAAUCGACAAGGGCGAGGCGACCUGGAAGCAGGAGAGGGAAGACUGGAAGGUGGAAAAGGCCAACCUCUCUCUUGCCAAAGAAAAUGCCGAGUCCGCCAAGGUUACGGCCGAAACCAAGCAAGCUCAGGCCGAGAAGGAUUUGGUGGAGGUCCGGCUCAAACUCUCUGCGGCCGAGGCUCAACUUAAGGAGGCUCAAGCGGCCGCUUCUCGCUCUCAGGAGGAGUGGUUCAAAGCCUGGCAGAAGUCGGAUGACUGUACUGACUUCUGCGCUGAGGUGGGCCAAUCCUCCCAUAAGAUGGGCGAGGACGAGGCGCUCUCCAAGCUAAGGGAAGCCUUGGCCGACUCCCCCGAAGCCGACUGGAACUCAGUCUGGUCUCGCUACCAGGAGUUGUCUGAGGCCGAAGCUGCUGAGAUUAAAGCCAAAAUGGCUGAGGAGAUGAGCUCGGACAGCGAUACUGAUGAUGAUGAAGAAGAUGCUGGUAGCACCGAGCCACCUCCAUCAGAGCAACCUGCUGCUGAGCAACCUGCCACCGGUCCUUCUACUUAG